GACCCCGACUCACCAGGUAAACAAAAGGCUGAAGUCACGCCAUCUCUGGAGAGUUCUCAAGAUAUUCUCCUUGGACUGGAGUCAAAGAUGCCCAUCCUGGAGAAACAGACAGCUAAAGACCAAGAAGGCAAAGUCUUGCCAAAGGUCCCAGUGCCUCCGCUGAAGCAAACCCUCGACAUGUAUUUAAAGAGUAUACAACACCUGGUGGAGGAGGAACAGUUUAAGAAAACAAAGGCCAUUGUGGAGAAGUUUGGGGCUCCUGGAGGUGUUGGAGAGAUUCUCCAGAAGAAGCUUCUGGAGAGGAGAGACAGAACAACUAACUGGGUCUACGAUUACUGGCUGGAGGACAUGUAUCUGAACAACAGAUUGCCACUACCGGUCAACUCCAGUCCAGUUAUGGUGUUUCCUAGGCAGAUGUUUGGAGACCGUAAAGAUGCACUCAGAUUUGCAGCUCGUCUCAUCAGAGGAGUCCUGGCAUAUAAGGCUCUCAUUGACGCGAGAGCGCUGCCAGUGGAUUUUGCUCGGGGCCAAUUAGCUGGAACGCCCCUUUGCAUGGAGCAACAUUAUUCCCUAUUCACCUCCUACCGCUUCCCAGGACUAAAGAGAGACAUGCUGAAUGUCCGCAUGAAUGAAACGUCCUCUGAGCUGGAACACGUCAUUAUAACACGGAAGAACCAGUUUUUUGCAAUGGAUGUUAUUGCAAAUGGCAAGCAGCUCAACGAAAUCGAGAUCUUCUCUCAGCUGGAGAAAAUAAUGACAAUGGCAGACAAUGCCAAAGAGAGACAACCUCCUGUUGGAAUCCUCACAUCAGAUGGGAGGACAGAAUGGGCACAAGCUCGAGAAACACUAACAAAAGAGCCAAUCAACAGAGCAUCUCUGGUCCUGAUAGAGAGCUGUGUGUGUGUUGUGUGUUUGGAUGAGCCCUGCAGCUCAGAGCUCAGUGACACCACCAGGGCCCUGCUGAUGCUGCACGGUGGAGGCCGUGAGAAGAAUGGUGCAAACCGCUGGUAUGACAAGUCAAUGCAGUUUGUUGUAGGUCUGGAUGGCAUGUGUGGAGUGGUGUGUGAGCAUUCAGCAUUUGAGGGUAUUGUUCUGGAGCAGUGUUCUGAAUACCUGAUGGAGUACAUACCAGGGAGUCCAGCCAAAUCAGCCACAUCAUCCACUGUGAGAGAACUUCCAUCACCACGGAGACUCUUCUGGAAAUGGAACCCACCACUCCAAAGACUACUAGCGGCAUCUGCAAGCAGACUCCAGAGGCUGGUGGAUAAUCUUGACAUGGACGUGUUUAACUUUAAAGUUCAUGGAAAAGAAUUCAUCAAAAAGCAGAAGAUGAGCCCAGAUGCAUAUAUACAAGUUGCACUACAACUUGCAUUUUACAAGUGUAAUGGAAGACUUGUGCACACUUAUGAAAGUGCGUCCAUUCGCCGUUUCCAAAAAGGUCGUGUGGAUAACAUUCGCUCAGCCACCGCCGAGGCCCUGGCUUUUGUCAAAUCGAUGACGGAUGAAGCAGCCACUCUUGCUGACUCAGAGAAAAUGAAACGACUGAGGGAUGCAAUUAAUGCCCAGACCAAUUAUACAAUUGCAGCUAUUACAGGAAUGGCAAUAGACAAUCAUCUUCUUGGGCUUCUGAAGAUCUCCAAGGAGCUCAAUAUGGAGAAACCAGAGAUUUUCUCUGAUCAGACAUAUGUGGACAGUAACCAGUUCAUCUUUUCUACCAGUCAGGUUCCCACCACAGAGGAAAUGUUCUGUUGCUACGGCCCAGUGGUGCCCAAUGGCUACGGGGCCUGUUACAACCCUCAGCCGGACCACAUCGUCUUCUGUGUGUCGAGUUUCCGGGAGAGCACGGAGACGAGCUCGGCCGUUUUCAUCAAAGAGCUGAAGCGGGGCCUGCUGGACAUCAGGGACCUGUGCGACAGAAACAACGCUGCAGCUUCCAAAUUGCCCGAUCACAUGAAUGGAGUCGGCCAGACCCAAAAACAGGGAAGUAAGCCAUACUGACAGAGCUCAUCCAAUCAGCUGCUCUGCUCAAAAUGCUCAGAAUUUAGCUUUAGACUCCGCAGAAAAGAUGCAGCUGUUGUGUGUGCAACAUUACAUUAUCUCGUUUACAACAAAAAAUUCACAUGUAACUAUGAAGAAUAUAUGUAGAAAUAUAAAUAUACAAUUCUGUUUUUGUAUCUGCUUCGAUGUGAGAUUGAGCCUGUUUGAUUCUGUAGACUGACUGAAUUGGUCUGCUGCCUUUAGGAAACUGAAGCCAUAACUUUUAGCACUGAAACGAGGAAAACUCCUCUGUCACAGUGAUCAAUGAUUUAUGUCAAUAUAAUAUACAUGGUGCAAUAGACAAAAUAUACUGUGCAUAAAAUACCUAGGGUAUAUU